CGUUACCAUCUGAAAAAUUUCGAAUAGAAGUUUACUAUGUAGUUUUGGAAACAAUUAUUAACUCAAUUGAAAUGCGAUUUAAGGGAUCUCGUGAAAUUUUAAAAGAUUUAUGUUUUUUAUCACCUCAGCGUAUGAUAGAAUUCAGUAACAAUAAUAAAACCUUGCCAAUUGAUGCUUUUCAGAAUAUUUCUCAAUGGAUCCCUAGUAUUGAUUUAUCACUAUUAAAAGUAGAAUAUAUCACAUUCAGUAAUAAUUUAUCUGAACUGUUGGAAGGACUUGGACUUUAUCCAGAUAAAUUACAUAAUGAUAAAAUUGAUGUUGAAAGUGAUGUAAGUUCAGUCACAACUAGUUCAUCAAAUGAAGACAAAGAAGUAAUGAAAGGAAAGGUCAACAGUUUGAACGUCUUAGAAAUAUUAUCUAGUUUUGGAUUAACAGCAGCAUUCCCAAAUUUAUAUCUCGCAUACAAAUCUUUAUGCACAUUACCAGCAUCAUCAGCGACAGCAGAACGCAGCUUCUCUGUGGUGAAGUUAGUAAAAACAAGAUUGCUUUCUACUAUUGGUCAAUCCCGUUUAGAAAGCUUAUUAAUUUUAAGUUGUGAAAAAGAUGUGCCAAUAAAUUUUGAAAAAGUUAUUGAUACAUUUGGGAAUUCUUCUGAAUUAUUGAAAAAGAAAUUAAUAUUUAAGUGAAU